AUGGCCUCUGGUGCCUCCACCACCAACCCUUCCAAGAACGUCACACCACAAGUCACCGGCUUCUCCCAGGUCCAACCGCGCAACACUGCCGAGGGCCAGGGUGGAAACAUGGGUGUCUUUUUGAGUUGGCACGAGAAGGUAUUCCCAAGUUACUGCCUUUACCAUAUGUACCCUACUGACCAUACACUCUCCUACAGGNUCAUCGAAGUCGCUGGUCCCGGAACAAUCGUACGCGUCAUGUCGGACCGUAGAACCGUUUGA